AUGUUAUAUUACAGGCAAUUACAGGCCAUCAAUACCUCAGAGGAUAAGGAUUUGGUAUUUGAGAAAUUGAGUCAAAUUGAUGUCAAACAGAGAGACAAUAAGGCAUUAGUGGGAAGAGAUAUCAUUCAACGCCAGAAAUCUGAACAUCAUUUGAACAGACAAUCAAUAGUCAGUUGUGUUGUUGUCGUCAAUCGGAUCGCAAAUAAGUUAAUGACAACCACUUCUUAUCCGCUAAUAAGAAAAAAUCAAAUACAAAAUUACGUAUAAAAACCGAAAUCAAAAUUAAAUUUGGUAUCAAUUUUCAACGAUCUCAUAACGAGUCAAGUAAUUACUUUUCCAUUGAAUACAACAAAGUUAUCAUAAGUUAUUGAAAACUGUUGAUAGAAAAUAAAGUUCAAACCCUUCGCAAAACUCAAUUAACGACAACAGCGACAAAAUUAUUGAUUAAUUAUUACAAUGAAGACAACCACAGGAGUAAGCGACACGAUAUCCGCAUCCCUUUCCGCCGCCACAACAGUUCCCACAUCUCAUAUGAACGCAACGGCCGGCGCUUAUCACCACCAGAGCCAACAACAACAACACACCGGCAACUAUAGUAAAAAUGCAUUUCUCAGUUCAACCACCGGUUUAGUUAAAGUGUGUCUCCUAUUGAUGACCAUCUCAUCGGCCACUAAACUCUGUGAAGGCGUCGGCACAGGCGGUAACGGCGGCGCCGGCGGUGGCUCUGCCGAUGGUCUCGUGGGUACUGUCGGUGCGAUCGCCAAACGGAGUCAAUCGCAGCAUCAGGCUUUGCCGGAAUGUAUUGACGAGAGAAGUGUUUGCGGUUACGUUCAACUCAAUCACAUGGGUAUUAGCUCUCAACCAAUUUGUAAAUGUAGAGCAGGUGUUCAGUGCCCUAUGAUGUGGAACCCUAUGGAUGGCCGCACUGUCUCCCACGGAAAUGACCAGUACAAGUACUGCAAUCGGGCGCCGAAACUGAAUUAUUGCAGUAAAGAAGAGAUGGUUUACACGACUUAUUUGGAGACAUCGUUGUUGACGAUGAAGACUCUACUAAACACUAAUCACAUCCACUGUCUCUGUCCGGCGCAUCACCUCUUUGUAAGAAAUAGCACUAAAUUUCAUGACUUAGAAGACGGCACAACCAUUAUUGGCACUUCAUUCCAGUGCAAACCUGCAACAGAAUUCAGUGUUGAUAUGAUUGCUGUAACUAUAGGAUAG